CCGCAAUAAAUUUGAUCAUUCGGCUGUCGAAGCUUUAGCUAUGCGGACGGGGCGUAUACUUGUUGCCUUCAUUUUGUUGUGUUUCAUAGUUCCUUUUCGGGCAGCAAAGUGCAAGGCAGCGCCCAAAUCCGUGCAGAAUGUACACGUUUGCUGUUCAGCGCCCCUGCCAAACUGGGCAGUUUUCAACAGAGAGUGUCAUAAAUCGGCCACCCAGGCGAGUGUAAGUAGUAAUGGUAUAUCUCACAGCCAAGUUAAUUAUGCGAACUUCCUCAUCCAGUGCCGUUUGGAUUGCAUUUUUAAUGCCAGCUCAGUUCUGCAGGGAAAUCGAUUGAACCAAGCGAAAGUGCGACCCAUGUUGGAGCGGGCCUUCUCCAGCCAAACCACCAUCGAUGUGUAUGAGUCCAACUUUGCCAGAUGUUCAUCGCUGGUCAGAAGCAAGUACCAGGAGCUUUCUCCGCUGAGUCGUCAGAGCGACGCCUGCGACAGACACGCCCUCUUCUACAGCCUUUGUGCGUACGCUCGCUUGAUUUUCACCUGUCCGGAAAAAAUGUGGCAAGGAAGUAACAGGAUGUGCCAGGAGGCCAAGGCCUAUGCGAAAAAAUGUCCAUGGGCUGCGCUGAAAAUGUUUAUGAGGAAUACUUAAAGGAUGUUAAUACAAAUACCAGUUAUAAGAGGCA